UUCUUAAAAGUCUAUGGAGAAAAUACUUCCGGCUUAGAAAGCGAGCUGUCAGUGUUGAGCUCUUCUGGGAAACCGGAAAUUCAAAUAACCGGCAGACACUCGAUCAAGACCAUGAAAGCAAUCGUUCAAAGAGUCGCUAAAGCGAGCGUGAUAGCUGGGGAGAACCACAUCAGUUCCAUCGGAAGAGGCAUUUGUGUUUUGGUUGGGAUUUCAGCCGAGGACACACAGAGGGAUGUAGAUUACAUAGUUCGUAAGAUCCUUAAUCUGCGUUUAUUUGAGGAUGAGAAUGGCUGUGCAUGGAAACACAGUGUAAUGGACAAGGGGUUGGAGGUGUUGUGUGUGAGUCAGUUCACACUGCAGUGUACACUCAAAGGAAACAAGCCUGACUUCCAUUCAGCAAUGGCAGCUGAUUUUGCUCAGCCCUUCUACAACAACAUUCUGGAGCAGCUGAGGAUUGCAUACAAACCAGAACUCAUCAAAGAUGGCCAGUUUGGUGCCUACAUGCAAGUACACAUUCAAAAUGAUGGACCUGUCACUAUUUAUUUGGAGUCUCCUGCUGCUCCCAUAGAUGCCAAACAGUUGUCAAAACUAGAAAAGCAGCAGCAGCGUAAGGAAAAAACAAGAUCAAAAGGCAACUCCGAAUCUGGCAAGGACAAAGUGGGCCAAAGUGCCAUUAGUGGGGCUGAGGGAGAGUUGUCUUCAGAAAAAGGAAGUUGAAACAGAUCUGUCCAGCUUCAGUUGACUGGCUGCCAAUCAUCAGGGACUGCAAACAGGGCAGUGCAACUAAAGCUAAUUCAAGUAAUAACAAGGUACAUAUCCACAUAUUCAAACAACUGUACAGCCAUAAAUUCCUUAUUAAACUGUGAAUGUAUGGACAUGAACAAAACAUUUAAUGGAGGAAGAGGAUAGAUGAAUUUGGACAAGAAAGACUUUCACUACCUUAUUUGUGUUAUUUUGAAAGAAAUUUGAGAACAUUGGUCAUCGUCUGCCAUGAGGGUUGUGUUGAAUGUACACGUAAUUGUGAUUGCAAUAAACAGCACAUAUGAAUUAAAAACAAACAAACAAACAAACAAA